AUGGUGUUGACAUGGUUGGUGACCAUGCAUCUUUCUGUAAUAGGAGGUAAAACUUUACAGAGUCGUGUGAUAUCAGAGCAAGGUCAGAAAACAGUGAAACGUGUCACUCACGGUCUCAAGUUUGCAGCAAAAGUUUACAAGCCGCCGCCUUGUGUUGGUGCUGUUUGCCAUGUUUCUGGUGAUCGUCUCACACCAGUGGAACCUCGACAAGUUCUCGUUUGGAAAGCAGGUAGAGCGUGUGUGGCCAAUGAUCCUAGAGAAGACUUUGGACUAAGGCGACCGAGCAGUGGGACAUCGACUCCACUGGCAUCUUGUGCAUCGUCUCCUACGACUCGCCCAUCAAAACAUGCACAAACAUUUCUUCCAGGUCCCAUCCACGAAGAAGGGAGUACUAGUAGAUUGAGUGCUAAUGAGGAUCAUGAAUAUGUUAAUCUUCCAGCCAUUCACAUCGAGGACACUAGCACUACCUCUGCUUCAGACAUUGAUGGUCUCCCUGACAGUGCGUAUCCUGACUGUCAGCCUGCUUCUCUCUAUGACUGUCUUUUUUAUGUCCAUGGUGAGCAACAUUUUGCUCUACUGGAUGGAUCAGACUCAGGUGUUCCGGAUUCAGAUGCUGGAAUACCAAGAACUCCAAAAUACAUGAAGCUAGGUCGCAUUCGACCAGACACUUGUGACAUUGGGGUCUCACAUUUCAUCACCAUUUCUCUCGCCGAUGCCAAUGGAAUCAGUCUGAACGAGGACGAAUGCACUAUUCAGUAUUGCCGACAUAAUGGAAAGCAACUUGAGUUUGUAAGAUCAGGGAGACGAGGAAUAAACAAAUAUGAAGUAGAGACGUAUACACCAUGCUUUGACUCUGUCGGAGAGAGACUUGUAGUGGUACUGACUCGAGAUGGGACUCACAUCAUUACUGUGGCUAGACUUAGUGUCACUGCUCCUGCACCAGUCAAUCGUUACAACAUAUUUAUGAUGCAAUCACCGUCACAAAAUGGAGUGUCUGAUGUGGUGAGACAAGUAGCCAGCAUCAUCUCUAACCAAGUCCAAUCCAGUGAUGAAGACGAACGUCCUAUCUGUGGGAAUUUGCAUUACGUGGGUGGUGGAGAAAGUCAAAGUACAGAAUUUGCUCAUGGGCUGCUUGAUUUUGUACUUAAUGGUGAGUGUGGUGGUUUGCCUUCACCCUUAUCUCUACGUCAUCUGUUGGCAUCGCUGCCAAAUCUACGAGAAAUUUUGGAAGCAUAUCAUCGUUCUGAUGGCUCACUGCAACAUCUCGUUGAUGUCGUACGUCAAGAGUGUCCCCAACAAACUGUUGUACAAGACAUAGAAUUUCUUGUAGAACAGUGCAACCAAGAAAUAAGUAGCAAGGAACAGCAUCGGUCACCAAGGUUUGUAGAGAAUGGUUCACACUGCUUUGAGAUAUCGAGUGAUGAGGUCGUUUCUACAAAGUAUGACUCUGCACCCGAACUGUUAGAAUCUUCGUAUCCCAUCUACGACGAAGUGAUCAAGUCUCAAACAAAACAAUCAGAUGCGACUUCUGUCAACCAUGAGUAUGCAGCUCCUUCUGAGAAUCUCCAGCCUCAAUAUACUGGACUGAAGUGGCCAUCCAAGUUGGACAAAAUUUCUGAAAAGACUCGUGUAGGUUUGUUAACUCAAGUGCGAGACAAAACCAUGUCAACGAACAAGGCGAUUGAGAAUGCAAGAGACUACAUGUAUGCCUCAAAGCCAAUGAGUGCACCAACUACUCCAAUAUUGGCUAAAAAGAGGAAAAGAGGAAAAAAGAAAGAUUCAAGACAACAAAGCAUUGGGUUACUAGAGAUAUUAAAGAAAAUGGCAUUACCUGCGGCAAGCAACAAAAAUAUGAGUGACUCUCAAUCUGGACUGUCAACCGAUGAUGCUGAUUCGAAAUCUCGACUUCGGCAUAAAAAAGGUAGAAAAAUUAGGUCUGAAGAAGAGCAGCAACAGAUAAGACGACAAUUGUCAGCUUCUAGUGGAGACACUUUAGUUGGUGAUACGUCUAGUGUGUCUACGACUGCGACUGCUGGUACUACAUCCUUGACUUCAGCUUCAUCGGCUGAGAAGAAAGUGGAGAAGAGGAAGAAACAGAAUGAUGAGAAGCCAACACGAACACAGCGUAUUUCGUCUGACAGUGGAAUUGCCGAUGUGCAUGUGCUACAUGAAACUAAUGCAUCAGUUCUUGCAGAACUAAAGGAAAGGAUAAAGGAAAGGAUAAAGAAAACUUGUCACUCUGUUGAUGAAGGGUUAGCAUAGAGUUGAGAUGAUGUAAGUAAACUGGAUAUUUGGUAGCAUUUCUGUAUUAUUAUUGGAGUGCUUAGGGUGGGUAUACAAUGUGAUGAGAUAUACAAUGUAGUCAUUAUGGACUUUUGUACUGGACAGUUAGGUUACUGGUAUGUCAUUUAGGGGUCACGUGUCUCACGUGACUACAACUCGUACCGCACGUGAUAGGGUGUGGGCUGAUCACGCGAGA